AUGGACCGUUGGAUCGGAAAGGUCGCAGUGGUAACAGGUGCAAGCUCAGGAAUCGGUGCAGCCACUGCUAAAGCUCUUGCCCGUGCUGGUAUGAUUACGAUCGGUUUAGCAAGACGUGUGGAACGAAUCGAAGCACUCAAAACUGAGCUACCAGCCGAAGCCGCCACACGGAUCCACGCCAUUCGGUGUGAUGUUACCAGGGAGGAAGAUAUUUUGGCUGCCUACCGUCAGAUCGAGACCCACCAUGGUGGUGUGGAAGUGCAGAUUAAUUGUGCUGGAAUCGCGAGACAUACCAUACGGGUGCUUCAACCGAACAAUACACAAGCACUUCGCGAUCUAGUCCAUACGAAUUUGCUCGGGCUGGCGCUUUGCAGCCGGGAAGCGUACCUAUCGAUGCGGAACCGUUCAGUUGAUGGGCAUAUUGUGCAUAUAAACAGCAUAACCGGCCAUUCGAUUCCACCGCUGAACACGCUCAACCUUUAUCCGGCGACUAAGUACGGUGUGACGGCACUGACAGAAACGAUGCGCCAAGAGUUGCGGUUUGCCAACACAAAGAUUAAAGUUACGAGCAUUAGUCCAGGUUUCACGCGGACUCCCAUCAAUCCUAAUAGUGAUACAUACACGGGACCUAUUCUCGAACCGGAAGACAUUGCCGAUGCGAUCGUGUAUGCGCUCGGAACUCCACCACGGGUGCAGAUACACGAGCUAACGAUUAAACCAGUCGGUGAAGUGGAAUAA